AUGACAUUUAUGAAUUCAGAAAAAAGGGGUGAAGUCGACAGCGCGCCUUAUGAGGGAAGAAAGAAAUUGGAAACUCCAGCUGCAGGCGCGGAACGGGAAGAAGCGACUGUAAGGGUUGUCCAGGCGGAGCCGGAGGGGGAAAAGACGCAGGGAGGGGAGGAAGAGAAGAAGGCGGAAGCCCCUAAAACAGGGGUCGCAACAGACGGCAAAGCUGAGGAAGUAGCGGCAACCGAGGAUGUAGCAGCAACGACACAGGAAGUAGCGGCAACCGAGGAAGCAGCAACGACACAGGAAGUAGCGGCAACCGAGGAAGCAGUAACCGUCGAGGAAUUAUCAUCAACAGUCGAGGAAGCAGAAACAACCGAGGAAGCAGCAACAGUCGAGGAAUUAGAAACAACCGAGGAAGCAGAAACAACCGAGGGAGAAGCUGCACCAGCUGAGGUAUCCGAACGCAUGCGGAAAAAAGCCAAGGGAAAGUCGAACGAACGGGCGGCCCAUGUAGGCAAUAUCUUGAAGAAAAAAAAGUACAAGUUAUUCUCGAAACAAAAACCUAAUAAGAAUAAAAAAAAAAAAAAGAAAGAACCAAAGGAUAAGUCCAAAAAAAAGGACAGGGAGAAAUUGCCCACGACUUUUCUACUACCAGGGGUUGGAGGAAGUACACUAAUUGCCGAGUACAAAAAUGCAUUGAUCCAUAGUUGCAGCAACAAUUUGUUAAAUUCAAAGCCAUUUAGAAUAUGGAUUAGUUUAACUAGACUUUUUUCAAUAACAUCAAAUGUGUACUGUACCUUUGACACCUUGAGGUUACUGUACGACAAUGAGAAAAAAAUGUAUUUUAAUCAACCAGGAGUUAACAUUACGGUGGAAAAUUAUGGGCGUCUUAAGGGCAUUGAUUAUUUAGAUUACAUUAACAAUACUGGCAUAGGGGGUUAUGUUGAUGGGGAAAGCAUCAUGGGUGCACCGUACGACUGGCGUUAUCCCCUGCACCAACAAGAUUACAACCUUUUCAAAGACAGCAUAGAAGCAGCUUAUGAAAGGAGAAACGGAAUGAAGGUAAAUGUAGUAGGCCAUAGUUUAGGAGGCUUAUUUAUAAAUUAUUUCCUAGUGCAUAUAGUUGAUAAAGAAUGGAAACAAAAAUAUUUAAGUUCGAUCAUGUAUAUGAGUUCUCCAUUUAAGGGUACCGUCAAAACGAUUAGGGCUUUACUUCAUGGAAACCGUGAUUUUGUUUCUUUCAAAAUUAAGAAUUUGAUUAAACUUUCCAUAUCAGAUAGUAUGAUGAAGGCCAUUGGAAAUUCAGUAGGUUCUUUGUUUGACCUCAUACCAUAUAAGGAAUACUAUGACCAUGAUCAGGUUGUAAUUAUAAUGAAUACAGACCCCACCCCGAUUGAUAAGAAUAACAUGCAGUCUAUUGUGACCACGUGUGGAAUAUAUAAUAAAGACUGCUAUCUGAACAGAACGGAUGUGAAGUUAAAGGUGUAUACCUUAUCAGAUUGGCAUGUGCUUCUAAAGGAUGACUUGAGGGAAAAGUACAAUAAUCAUAAACAAUACAGAGAGAGGCAUUUUUCGAUGGACCAUGGGGUACCUAUAUAUUGUGUAUAUAGUACCCUUAAAAAUAAGAGCACCGAUUAUUUGCUGUUUUUUCAAAAGGAAAACUUAAAUGAGGAACCUGAUAUUUAUUACGGAAUAGGUGACGGAACUGUGCCCAUCGAAAGUUUAGAAGCAUGCAAUAAUUUUUACAACGCAACAGAGAAGAAACACUUUGAGAAUUAUAGCCAUAUCGGUAUUUUGCACAAUGCGGACACCGUCAAAUAUGUGUAUGAUUCGUUGCAGACCAUAGGGGGAAACCUGGACGAUGUGCGUGAGGAUGUUACAGCCAAGGUAGCUUUGCAGGGGAGUGUCGAGGGAGAAGGAAAGGAGCAGAUGUUACCCCAAGGAAGUAACGGUGCAGAGAACGAGUUGAGCAAAGUGCCUCAGCAGGGAGGAGGCAACGGAGAAAUGACCAACGCGGAGGGGCAGCGCGCCAAGUGA